AUGCGAGCCGUUCUACGAAGCAGAACGGGCACUCCUGUAUCGCAGCAGCAAGUAGAAGGCUCCAAGGGCGUAGCGCUCUGCCAGCGUUUGUCUGCAGACGCAGCCUCGGCAAAAGGUUCCACCGCCGCUCUUGGCUCAGCCCCGCCAAAGCUCCAACAGGUUAAGAGCACAGCUAUCACACAAGGCAGCCAUUCAGCCUGGCUGUUCGCGGUGAAGCGGUGCGCGCGGUGCCAGGCGGGCAUCUCGGCCAGCGAGCUGGUGAUGCGCGCGCGCGACCUCGUCUACCACGUGCACUGCUUCACGUGCGCGUCGUGCGGCGUGCCGCUCGCCAAGGGCGACCACUUCGGAAUGCGCGACGAGCUCGUCUACUGCCGGCCCCACUACGAGCUGCUGUACAGCCAGGACGCGGCCGGCGCGCCCUACUGCGACCUCGAGGCCGCCUUCCGGGCCGGCGCCGGCGCCGCCCCCUGCGGGAAGGGCCGCCCGCGCAAGAGGAAGCUGCCGUCGGCCGUCGAGCCGCAGGACAUGCCCGUCGGCCUGCGCAUCCCCGCCGCCGCGCUCGAGAUGCUGCACCCCUCGGAGCUGUCCUCGUCCAUGGAGUCCCUGGGGUACGACUCGUCGGUGACGUCACCGGGGAACCCGGCCGGCCAGCAGCAGCAGCAGCAGCGCACCAAGCGCAUGCGCACCUCGUUCAAGCACCACCAGCUGCGCACCAUGAAGUCCUACUUCGCCAUCAACCAGAACCCGGACGCCAAAGAUCUUAAGCAGCUCGCGCAGAAGACGGGACUGUCGAAGCGAGUCCUCCAGGUGUGGUUCCAGAACGCGCGCGCCAAGUGGCGGAGGAACCUGAUGCGGCAGGAGGGCGGCGGACAGGGCGGCCCCGGCCAAGGCGGGGGCGGCGCGGGCGCAGCAGCACCAGCACCAGGCGCCGCUGCCGGCGCAGCCGCUCAGCUUCGCCGACCUCUACUAGCAGCGCGCCGCCGGCCCGCCCCCGGGGUCGGCUCUGCUAGGCUGGCCGCUGCUGCGGCCCUGCUUCGCUGA